AUGAAGAUAUCUGAACUUGUGGGUGAUGAAGGUCCUACUUGUAGGACAUAUGUUUUUCAAAAUGAAAGCCACACAUUAGGAAAUGCUUUGAAAUGUAUUAUUACUAGAUAUGAAGAUGUAGAUUUUUGCGGCUACACUGUACCACAUCCAGCAGAGUCUAAAAUGCACUUCAGGAUACAAUCAAGAGAGACCCCAGCACUUGAAGUAUUGAAAAGGGGGUUAAAAGACUUGGAAAAACUGCUGAAUGAAAACGAGCUUAGCUUCGGCCAUUUUGCAUUUGUCUCUCAUUGCGCUCACUGUUCAACAAUGGCGGACGCAGCUCCAGCCGGUGGACGUGGCGGUUUCCGCGGUGGUUUUGGCUCUCGUGGUGGUGAUAGAGGCCGUGGCGGUCCUCGUGGCCGUGGACGCGGUCGUGGCCGCGGCCGUGGACGUGGAAAGGAAGAUCAAAAAGAGUGGGUUCCUGUAACAAAGCUUGGACGCCUUGUCCGUGACGGAAAGAUCGAUAAAUUAGAAAGCAUCUACCUAUUCUCUCUACCAAUCAAAGAGUUCGAGAUCAUUGACUUCUUCCUUGGCCCCUCUUUAAAUGACGAAGUUCUGAAGAUCAUGCCUGUACAGAAACAGACUCGUGCCGGUCAGCGAACUCGUUUCAAGGCUUUUGUUGCCAUUGGUGACAACAACGGCCACAUUGGACUGGGUGUGAAAUGCAGCAAGGAAGUUGCUACUGCUAUUCGUGGUGCUAUCAUCCUAGCCAAGCUAUCUGUACUGCCUGUCCGCAGAGGUUACUGGGGAAACAAGAUCGGCAAACCUCAUACUGUACCUUGCAAGGUUACUGGCAAGUGUGGUUCUGUAACAGUAAGAUUGAUUCCUGCUCCUCGUGGUACUGGAAUUGUGUCUGCCCCAGUCCCUAAGAAGCUUUUGCAGAUGGCUGGAGUCCAAGACUGUUACACCUCUGCUCGUGGUUCCACUGGCACUCUUGGAAACUUUGCUAAAGCUACAUAUGCUGCCAUUGCCAAGACCUAUGCUUACCUCACCCCAGAUUUAUGGAGAGACAUACCAUUAACCAAGUCUCCAUACUCAGAGUUCAAGGCAGUGUAA